UUACUUUUUUCAAAAUUUGAACUCGUCCAAUCAGAGAGGUCGUCUGUCUCAUCCCGGGACUUUCAAACCUGAGACCCGGAUGUUGGUUCGACUGUGAAGGAGUCGAUCGUUACCGUGACCGCCGCCGCUGCUGCCGCCUGUGGCCGCUCUGACUCCGACCGUUCAUGAAACCUUUCCGCGGCUGAUCGUUACCGAGAAGGACGAGUUUACCGGAGAUGGAGGCGGGAAAACCCGCCGCCGAACCUUCCAGAAAAGAGCUGCGUAAGCAGAAGCUGAUGGAGUAUUUGGCUGCCAAGGGAAAGCAGAGACCCCCCCAGGCCAAGCCACACCUCCAGCAGCGCCCCCACGGGCAGAAGCCGGGUUCAUCACAGCCACCCAAGGUUGUUGUGGGAAAAGAAAACAAGGUUCCGGCAGACGGAAUCCACUCAAAAACAUGGACGACUCAGUCCGGUCAGAACCCCCCCAGAAAGACUGGUGCCGUCCCCAGAAAGGUGAACGUCGGAGUCGGCACGCUGACCAAACAGCAACCUGCUGGUGGCGCUGCUGCUCCACCAAACCAACAGAACUCUGUUCUCACCCGGACGUACCCCGUAGUGUCGUGUAAGGUCGGCGCCGCGGCAGGCGGGUCGGUCAGAACACAGAGGAACCGGACCAAACCCCCAAACCUGGCGAGGUCAUCCUCCAAAUCCAGCCUGUGUUCAGCGGCUGCAGCUCCAGUGAGACCGGCCAGCGUGAGGAUGAGCGUCGGGCCGUGUGUCAAAACCAGAACCGGACUCAUUCCUGCUGUGCUUCAACCAAAGAGCACCAACCCAAACCCACCGCUCGCCUCUGCAAACGUGUCCAAAUUGUCGGUGCGGUCCGUCGGUGUGCCACCCCGUCCGGUUUCCCAUAAAUCUGCUGCCGCUUUCCCUUCAGCGGGUCAGAACAGCAUCAGCAUUAGAGCAGUCCUGCCCAAAGGCACUUCAGCAGCCGGUAAGAGCCGGUUAUCCAGCAACCCGACCGGACCUGCUUCAUUCUCUACCCACAAACCAGAACUCUCAAAGCCAGACGGCGGACUUGCUACCAAAAACCCCCCAAAUCCAUCCACAGCAGGGAGACCCGCCCCCAAAGGAGGGAAAAGUAACCAACCGUUCAAAAUCGCUCCCCAAGCGUCCUCAAAGACCAGCAGGUUCUCGUCCAGACCUGAAGCGGCACAAAGAACCAAAACGGAGACCGGCAAAGACAAGAAUCCGACCAAAACUCCAAUUCAAGCCUGCAGCAAACGGGUCGGAGCGUCUGGAGUCUCACGGACCGCUCCACAGCCGACCAGGAACAUCAACUUCACAAGCCAAGCAGACGCCAAGACGGCAAAGGUCACGGUCAAGGCCCCGCCCCUGACGGAGGGGAAGAAGCCAAGCUCCGCCCAGGAAGAACGACUACGGAAGCUGCAGGAAUGGCGGGAAGCGAAGGGGAUUUCCUACAAGCGCCCCCCGAUGCAGGUGAAGGCUCCGCCUCGGCGGCGGCCGGCUGCCCCGCCCCCGUUCUGGCCGUCCAUGCGGGCCGAAGAUGAGGCGCACUCUCUGAUCUGCGCUGUGGACCAGUCCCUGGCGGACUGCAUCAAGCUGCUGGCGGAGGGCUGCCCCCCCGACCAGGUGGAGGGGGUUCUCUCCCGCCUGCCUCCCAUCUCGCAGAAAUUCGCCAAGUUCUGGAUCUGCCGGGCCCGGCUGAUGGAGCUGGAGGGGAACCUGGACGUCCUGCCGCUGUUCCAGGAGGCCGUGCGAGUCGUUCUGGAGCCCGUGGACGAGCUGAGGACCGUGGUGUUCGACAUCCUGAAGAAGAAGGACGAGCAGCCAGUGCUGGAGGAAGGCGGUUCAGAGGGGGCGGAGUCUGAUCCCACAGCAGAACCUCUGGAGAACGACCCGUCGAUGACCCCAAAACCCGUCCGAGCGCUCAUCAGCGAGGAGCACUGGGGCUCGUCCGUGGUCAAGUACAAGGUCACCGCCACCCCGGGCGGCCCCCCCAGCCAGCAGAGGAAGUCGGUGAAGGUCAACGGGCAGGAGGUGCGCUUCUUCACGCCCGUCCGGCGCUCGGUGAGAAUCGAGCACGCCUCGCUGCGACACCCGGCCGCCCUCCACGACCACGACCUCUGCGUCACCUCCUACCGCCACCUGGCGGCGGUGGAGGACGGCGGGGAGGGGCACAGCCCCCCCACCACACCCAUGUACGUCUACAGAGAGAACGAGGCGCUGAAGGACAAAGUCUUCAUCCAGCUGGUCUAUGAUGACGAGCCCUGACCGAUCAGCUGACCGCGAGGAGACCGCCGCUUCCUGAUUCUGGACCUUCAGAGGAAAACAGGAAGUUCUGCGUCUGUUACAUGAUUGGAAAAUGAGCGUUUCUGUCUUUAGUUUGUUAUUCUGUCCACAGAAACGAGUUUGUGAAAACUAGAAGGUUCAGAACCAGCAGAACAUGAAGGAAAUUCUGUCCUAAUGGACCGCCGGGACUCUGAUGAGCCGCCAUGUUUUAAGAUGGUUGGAUAAGAUUCACGGGACGAUCAUCUGGUUCUGCCCCCCCAGUCCAAACAUUCCACAGGAACCGCCGUGUUCUCAACCCGGCGCCAGCGGAGCGAAAACGACGCAAAUAUGACCAGAAAAGCAUGAAAACCCAACAGAACUAAAGCAGAACCAUUGGAUCCUUUGAUCCUCACCUGGGUAGUUUGGGCAGGUGGCUCCUCCCCCUUCACCUGGCUGCUGUACAUCCAGCCUGUGAUACCUGGGGGACAGCUUUUGGGCUCCAGGAUCAGAACCUGCACUGACCCGACUUCUCAAUUAAACGUGAAUGUUCUGUAAAAACACUAAAUCCUGGUUGUGUCUGGAAAACGGAGCGCCGGGAGAACCCGCAGCUCUGGAACCGGUUCUGGUUCUGACUAAAACCCGUCUGGAAGAAAUAAAUCAAAGUUUCUACAGUUGUGAGUCUGUUUGGAGGUUCUGAGAAUCGCUGGUUUCUCCUGAUCGCUCCGGGUCCUUCAGAGUGACUGCAGAGGAAGGUUCUCUAAAACAUCGUUUAUGUUCAGAAUCGGAUCCAAAUCCGGUUCAUUUAAUCCACCUCGUUAGGAUUUGAUCAGAUGUAGAAUUUCCAUUUAUUCUCCUUUAGAACUCUUGUCUUUGUUUUCACAAAACAGAGAUUUAAACAAACUUUAAACAUAAACUUUUACAUUCAAAAUAAUCAGCAAAAGUUAAUUUUGGCUGAAAAAUAAUUUUGAGAAGUAUUUAAAGUUAAACACCAUAAAUAAAUGGUACAAAUCUGUAUUUGUAAAGAUCAAAUUGAAUUAUUUUUAUUUUUUAUUCCAUGAAAAGAUUCACUAAAACAAAAACGCUUCAGUUUGAAAUCCUGAAGAAUCAAAUUCAUAAACUUUAAAUCUUUUUAGUUUUAAGGCUUUUUCAGUAAACAAAUACAAUUUUACAAAUAUUAACUACAUAACUAAACUGUGUUAAAGUUCUGCUAACUAAUUAGAAAAUUCUCUGUGUUAUUUCGAUAUUUUUGUACCGUCAGUUAUUCUAUAAAGUGGACAUAGUUAUGGAUUUACCUCGUUUCUCUUUUGUUGAAUGUAUUCAUGUAACAGGAAGAAAAACGAGUUUUUCUUCAUUCUGCUUAUUUUUGUGUGGAAGUGAAAUAAACAGAAUAAAAUCAAAAACAGGAAAAGAAAAAGGAAAAUAGCAAAACGAACGUCUUUAUUUUGAAAUUUGAGCAAAAAUGAAAACUUUUGCUCGUCUGAUUGGAGUUUGUGUUUAACUGUUUGACUUUAGAUGUCCUGCCGUCUCCAGAGCGAUCUGGUGUCAGCGGUGGGAUCCUUUUGCUUCUUAUGUUCUUUAGAAAAUAUGUAAGAAGUUAAACAUGCUUUAAAAACUCAUUAAAAGUCAAUAAACUCAUACUGUGGGGCUAAAAAGUAUUCAGUCAGCCACAAACUGAAGGUUCUCACUAAAAAGGUUUAAGGUGGUUUAGCUCAACUAUGAGAGACAAAAUAAGAACAUUUUAGAUUUUUGAAGAAUUCGUUUGUUAAUUAUGAUUAAAAAAAGUAUUUAGUCAAUAACAAAUUUUUAUUCAGUACUUUGUUAUAAACCUCUUGUUGGUAUUGACAACAAACGUUUUCUGUAAGUCUACAAGGUUUUCACAAAGUAUUUCGGUCCAUUCCUCCAUGUGGAUCUCCUCUACAGCAGUGCUGUUUCGGUGUGUCAUCAAACGAUUUAAAUGGAAUUCUCACGUGAUUUUACAUGAAGUGAAAAGUUUGAACGGUAACACUUUUGUCUUCUGUCUUUAACUUCUAUAAAUUCUUCCAACUUGUUCCUGAA